AUGAUACAGCUCCUUGAAAAGAGAGCUCGGAAAAGAUUGCAGAAUAUCAAGAAUAUGACGAUAGACGAUCAACCAAAAGAGCAACUCGCUGCAGACGAAGAGCGUAGAGAAGAAUUGGAGAAGGAGCUUGGUCCGUUGUUCCAAAUCGGGGCAUCCCCUGAUGGCCCAUGGAGCACCGACGAGGAUGGAACGAGAAGGACAACGCUGGUCAAAGAGCAGGAGGCGGAGGUGGCAAGAAUGUAUGAGGGCGUUCUCAAUAUCAAUCCAAACGACUUUGCCAUGAUCAUGAAAUAUGCUCGUUUCGAGAAGGAAGAACGACACAUGAUGAGGCAUGCGAUCGAUCUCUUUGAAGACGCGCUCAGGUUGAUCCCGAACGACGUUGAAGCGCUAAGGUAUGGAAACUUGUGCCUCAAUGACUUCAAGGACUUCAAAGCUGCUUACGGGCUGUACCAUUCUGCUCUCCAGGCUGAUCCCAAAAAUCACCGGGCGCAUUAUGGAAUGGCUUACUUGCACCAGCAACUUGGGAACAGAACGAAAGCUGCGCAUCACUACGAGCUUUCAUUGACGCUAAAUCCUUCUUUCUUCCCCACGCUCGGAAACUAUGCAUCGAUGCUCUAUUUGGAUCACGUGGACAAGCGUAUGGGCAAGAAGAUCACAGAUGAUAUCAAGCGAGCCGCAAAGUUGUACGAGACUGCUACCUUGCUGCAGCCCUCCAACACAGCAAACCUUCUGAAUUAUGGCAUGUUGCUAGAGAAUGUUUUUGGCGAGGAAGUGAAGGCUGAGUUUCUUUACCGGACGGCCCUCACCCUCGAAGAGACAAACUGUGACGCAAUCUGCAUGCUGUCAAAGUUAAUUUUCAAGGGAAAAGAAGACGUUGGCGAGGUUCAGUCGCUGCUUUAUCAGGCGCUGGAGACCAACCCCUCGCAUGUCCAGACGCUGCUUCGUCUCGGCGAGCUCUACCACAACCAUCUCACCAACAUGUCAAACCACAAAAUACAGGCGAAGGAGGCAAACCCCAGAAUCUCUGCUAGCGCCCAGCUGACCAACUCUCAACAGUUCUACGAGUCGGCUCUCCAGCUAGACCCCAACAACGUCGACGUGCUCAACAGCCUUGCUACCUUGUACGCGGAGAUGGACAGCAGCGAUCUGAACUACACGUGCUCAGCAGAGGAAAGAGAACUCUCAUGCAUCUUGAACAUCGGGUCAUACAUGAUGGACAGCAAGCAGGACAUGCCGACAGCGAAGCGGUUGUUCCGGCAAGCUCUCAAGCUGCAGCCCGAUCACCCUGGGGCUCUGUGCUACAACGCGCUGGCGGAGGCGCUCACGGGAAGGAAUUUCACCCUCGCGUACUUCCUGAUGGACAGGGCAAGGGCCUUGGCUCCCAACGAGAUUCACAUCCAAGAGGCGCUGCUUUCUUUGGACACCCUCGCAAUGAAGGAGCGGUGGGAUCCAACGUCCUCCUCGAAGAACAAUCCUCCGUCGCUCUACGUCGCAUCGAUCCCCGUGUCAGGAAAGUCCAAAAGUGACCCUUCCUCGUCGGGAAACCAGACUUCAAGUUCACAAGGGAAGGGCAAGGCAGAGAACAAGAGCGAGGAGAAGUUGGAGUUUGAGGGUCCUCGCAGGGGCUAUUACUAUGAGGAGCUUGGCAACCUCAGGCAGAUUCCGUCUGACAUUCCAGACGGGAGCGACUUGACGGAUCCUCGUCACGAGUGGAAUCAAUUUUAA